CGCUGACGUCACCGCACCUGCUCCGCUGUGCUGUCAGUAAAGAUGGCGUCCUCUCGGACUACGCUGCUCCGCCGUCGCCGCAGCUCCAUGGCUCUCGCCGUGUUCCUCGGCCUGUUGAGCGUUUUGAACGCGGGGACGUGUGACGAGCAGGUGCCACUGCUGCUGUGGACGAGCGGAGGGACGUCUGCACUGAGUCAGGCUCCGCCCACUGCCGGUCACAUUGUGGGGCAGCAGCAGCUUGCUGCUUACCUGGAGAACGCUCUGAACAUGGGUCCAAAGAACGUGGUUCUCUUCCUACAGGACAAGAUGAGUGUGGAGGACUUCACCAUGUACGGAGGAGCGUUCGGAAACAAGCAGGACAGCGCCUUUCCAAACCUGGAGGGGGCACUGAUGUCUUCGUCCUCCCCGCUGGUGUUGCCCUCCGUCUCCUGGCCCGCCUCCAACGCAGUGAUUGGUCAGCUCCAGGACCAAUUAGAGACCUCCCCUCUGUACAUGGACCCGGAAACACUGAGUCAGCUCAGGCUCAACGCCUCUUCGCCCGCACUGCUGGUGUUCAGGCUGCCGUACGGCGUUGGGUCCGACCUGAUGUCGGCCAAAGAAAUCCUCAGCGGAAACGACGAGGUGAUUGGUCAGGUGCUGAGCACCAUGAAGACUCAGGCUGUUCCGUACACGGCCAUCUACACGGCACUGAGGCCGUCCAGGGAUGCAGUGUCUCUGUCGGUUGAAGCAGCUGUCGGUGGAGGACGCUCGCUGCUGCAGGCGCGAGGAGGAGGAAGAGACAGAGACAGGAAGCAGAGGAUUAAAGAGAGAGACGGGGUCUACGCUCCUGUGGAGUUUAAGGAAGGGGAGGAGUCUUGUAUCCUCCUGUGGGCCAAAGGUCUGUCGGUGAGUAUCCUGCGCAGCGGCCGCUGGGAAGACCACGACCUGACAUCCUCCACCUUUGGAGAGGGAGUCAAGCCCAAGCUGCACGGCUCCAUCUGUGACAAGACCAGAGCAAAGCUGGUUCUGAACUAUGACAACGUUCUAGGACACCGCAGCUUCAAACUGAUCUUGGCCAUGAGUCAGCGUCAUUACCAGGUGUCUGCACGGCGCUGGUUCACUCUGGACGCCGUGGAGCUGGAGUACGACGGCACCAAGGCCACGUUCAACGGCAGCAGGAACAUCUACGCUCCGGCCGAGUUCUCGUACCGCUGCGAGUCCGUCACCAACUUCCGAUGGCCGCUGCUUGUCCCGCGCUCGGCCAAAGAUCCGGCCAAUCAGUGGAGAGUCUCCUUCGAAGACUUCCAGAUUCAGGGUUUUAACGUGAGCGGCGGCGAGUUCUCGUACGCUAGCGACUGCUCUGGCUUCUUCUCCCCCGGGAUCUGGAUGGGCCUGAUGACCAGUCUGCUCAUGGUUCUGGUCCUGACCUACGGCCUGCACAUGAUCAUGCAGCUGCACACCAUGGACCGCUUCGACGACCCCAAAGGUCCGGCCAUUUCUGUGCCGCAGACGGAGUAGCCACGCCCACCGCUUCCCAACCUUUCACGACCCGAUUUUGUUUUUUGAAAGACGUCAAACUAUUGUGAAGUAAAAAUUUGUGAAAAAAGUAGCAACUAAAUUACAAAUUCUUCAAAUUUCUUUUAAUAAAUCUUCCGAGCCAGUGUUUGGGAACCACUGUCAAGUUGCAUUCAAGUUUCUGUUUCUGUGAAAGAUAAAAAACAAACCCUGCCGUGUCCUCAAAUGCAGCAUGUGAUCUCUGUCUCCUGAACGAUAAAGAUAAAUUCUACAUGUUUUCUAAGUUGCGAUUUAACGUUCAAACUCCAAUUUUUUUAAACGUUGACAUCAGUUUUGCGACAUAAGUAAAAAAGAACGAAGCAAAUACGGGUUUGAACAUGAAGUUGAAAUAUUACCAGAAUGAAGUCGCAAUUUCGUUGUCGCAGUGUUUGUAUUUUUCACGAAUCCUGCGCUUAUUUUCAUGUAUCGCAUUCUUUUUGUUUGUUUAUGUACUGCGAUGUUUGAAGGUGUUGUUGAGUCAGCGUUUGAUUUUUUGAUCUUUCACAGAAAAUGAGGAUUAAAGAAACAAACUGUAAA